AUGGCGUACGAUCGAGAUGAAUUCAUCUGUCUUAUGACAGAUUACUACAACUUCUGUAGCUGUGUCUUCUGGGAGGCGGAUACCCCUCUCGUGCAGGCUCCUGCUGGUGGCUGGCCUUCGAUCACCCAGGAGACCUUUGGCCAGCCUCUAGAGGAGCGAUACUUUGAUCGACCUACUCUUCAACAUGCCCUACAUAUCCGCGAGGGCGAGAUUGAAGGCGUUGCUCCGUCAUAUACUGGGCAAGACCCGGCGAUUCCACCUUCUUGCGCCGCCAUCGCGAUCAGCAGGGGCAGGAACGGUUAUGAUGUUAUCCUGGAUACCAACGACGGCUACAUCUACUGGGGCGACCUGAACGGCCAGUAUGAUGAGGCGAAUGAGUGGUGCCGGUAUGGUUUCAAUGUGUACGAACUUGCUGACUUUUUUGCACUCUGCAAGGAGCGGUACCGGAAGCUAAGCUGGAUCGGCACUGGAUUCCACGAUAAGCUGGCUAGGAAGAUGAAGAAGGCAGGCUGGCCUGGCGAUGGGGAGGGGCGGUGCUGGAACCGGGCCAAGUUUGACAUGCUUCUCAGCGCCCCUACAAGGGUCGAGUCCGCACUCCUUAUAUCCAUGCCACAUGCUGGACGGUUGUUGCUCACGUCCUUGAACACCGGGACCCAAUCGAUAGAUCGUGAGUGGCUGUCACGGUUUUGCAGGUAUCUGGAGCAUCUCACGUCGUGUCUUCCAACGAUGAGGCAUGUCAGUGAGCCUGUUUUCUCUCAGGAAGACCUGUGUCGCAUCAGGGACUCUGAUGCUGAGUUGUUUGCGGCACUACAUGUGGAAGGCAAUGUUGAUGAACAAAGAAAGAUUGGGCUGCAUUCACCUGAGGAUAUUCUCCACUUGAUCUAUGGCCUUUUGGAUUAUAGUGACAUGGAAAGCUUGCAGUACGCCAGAGGUGUUAUUCCAAGCCCUGCAUUCUGGUUCGAGCGCGGGCGCAUGUACCGCGACUUUUAA